UCCAGCUAGCGUGCAAAGCAGAUGUCUUUUACCCAUUGUUUUUGAUCAGUUACGGUACAGUGUAGUGCAGUGUGGUUUUAGUUAUCCGGUCAAAUUCGGUUCAUUCAUUCGUCACAUUAAACCGGACUGUCUUUUUUCCAUCCGCCAAGAUGAUGUCCAUACAAACGAUCGGCGGGAUAGUAUUGAAAGUGCUGAAACUGGUGAUCAACCUGAUCAUCAUUAUUCUUUACCGAACGGGAUACGGUGGCGAAUUCCUCGGUGUUGGAGGAACAUGGAACUUGAACGAGGAUAAGAAUCCGGAUGUCGAAAUCGUGGCAUCGGGUAUCUUCGUUGGAUUCUUCAUCUACACUCUCGUUGUUACGAUCACCUUCUGCUUCGGCAAUACGGACCACACUAAAUCGCUAGUGGAAAUCAUCAUGAAUUUCGUUGGAAUGUUCAUGUUCAUCGCAGUUGGUGCAAUCGCGCUGCAUUAUUGGCACGGGUAUCAAAGCGAGCACAAGUACUUGCACGUGUCAACUGAAAGACAGAUUGGGCUGGCUUUAGGGUCACUCUGUGUGAUCGAAGGAGCCGCCUACCUUAUCGACCUCGUCCUGUCGGUACUCGAAUACGCAAACGAAGUUUUGAACUAAAGGAGAAAUGAUCCUCGACGAUGAUGUCUCAAUUAUGUAAAAGAACGGAAACACCUCGCCGUCUUUUUUCAUUCAGUUUGCAGACUUCACAUUUUCAUUAUCAUCCCCAGGCUCUCGGCAAAGUAGGCAUAUAUGCAGUCUUUUUAGAAGAAAAUUGAUCCCAGUAAAUCGAUCUAUUCCGAAGUUUUGCGUCAUCAUAAUAUUUCACGAUGUAUACGUGCACGAUCUCUCUACCGUCAAAACAUCACCGUUGCUUCGUUUCAUCACACAUUUUUGCACAAUUUUUAUAAGCGAGUAUAAAGGUUUCGAGUUAUACAUCUUUUAAAUUUGAUAUAGCGUGUGAACGAUUUUCCAAGUUCACUUAAUUUCAUUUCAACUGGACACGACGUUUCGUCAAAGUUUACCGACAAUUUGAUAACUUAUCAGACAAUUAUCGCACCUGCAUAAAACAUUAUAUAUUGUCGCGAAAUGUUAUGCAAAAUAUUAGUACAAGUUAGAAAUGGUAAUAUUUUUAUAAUACACACAUUUGAGUAUCUAUAGGUAUUACAUUAUAUUAUGUAGGUAUAUAAUAUGUAUUAUUUUACGUAUGAUAAGUGCAAUUAAUGAUUAUAACAACCCGAUUAUAUUUUUCUUCAUUCUUUUUCAAUGUACCAAUCGCCUCGUUCACAAUUUGUUGAUAGGCGUGGGGUUCUGUAACGAGUCAUUCGAUCAAACAUGUCGCAUAAGACUGCCAAUUCAUGUACUCCACGAUAGCUGAACAGGUGUUCAAACUUGUACAGUUUCAUCUUUUUGUACAUUAUAUAAUGUAUAUUCAUGAAUACCAAAAACCCGAGCGCGUGUUUGAGUUUAAAAUAAAGCUGACGCACGAAUAAAA